UGCAGAGAUUUCACCAUGGUCUCCCAAGCCCUCGGGCUCCUCUGCCUUCUGCUUGGGCUUCAGGACUGUCUGGCUGCAGCCACCUUCCUGCCCCAGGCGGGGUCGCUGAGGCCUCAGGAGGAGAAAACACAGGACAUGCCGUGGAAGCUGCGGCCUCACAGAGUCUUCGUAACCCGGGAGGAAGCCCAUGGCGUGCUGCACAGGCGCCGGCGCGCCAACUCGUUCCUGGAGGAGCUGCGGCCGGGCUCCCUGGAGAGGGAGUGCAAGGAGGAGCAGUGCUCCUUCGAGGAGGCCCGGGAGAUCUUCAAGGACCUGGAGAGGACGAAGCUGUUCUGGAUUUCUUACAGUGAUGGGGACCAGUGUGCCUCAAAUCCGUGCCAGAAUGGGGGCUCCUGCAAGGACCAGCUCCAGUCCUAUAUCUGCUUCUGCCUCCCUUCCUUCGAGGGCCGGAACUGUGAGAAGAACAAGGACGACCAGCUGAUCUGUGUGAACGAGAACGGCGGCUGUGAGCAGUACUGCAGUGACCACACGGGCACCAAGCGCUCCUGUUGGUGCCACGAGGGGUACUCGCUGCUGGCAGAUGGGGUGUCCUGCAUGCCCACAGUUGAAUAUCCAUGUGGAAAAAUACCUAUUCUGGAAAAAAGAAAUGCCAGCAAACUCCAAGGCCGAAUUGUCGGGGGCAGGGUGUGCCCCAAAGGGGAGUGUCCAUGGCAGGUCCUGUUGUUGGUGAAUGGAGCUCAGCUGUGUGGAGGGACCCUGAUAAACACCAUCUGGGUGGUCUCUGCGGCCCACUGUUUCGACACAAUCAAGAGCUGGAGGAACUUGACCGCAGUGCUGGGCGAGCACGACCUCAGCGAGCACGAAGGGGACGAGCAGAGCCGACGGGUGGCACAGGUCAUCAUCCCCAGCACGUAUGUCCCGGGCACCACCAACCACGACAUCGCGCUGCUCCGCCUGCAGCGGCCCGUGGUCCUCACUGACCAUGUGAUACCCCUCUGCCUGCCCGAACGGACGUUCUCCGAGAGGACGCUGGCCUUUGUGCGCUUCUCUUUGGUCAGUGGCUGGGGUCAGCUGCUGGACCGUGGUGCCACAGCCCUGGAGCUCAUGGCCCUCAACGUGCCCCGGCUGAUGACCCAGGACUGCCUGCGGCAGUCACGGAAGGCGGACGCCUCCCCGAAUAUCACGGAGUACAUGUUCUGUGCCGGCUACUCGGACGGCAGCAAGGACUCCUGCAAGGGGGACAGUGGAGGCCCACACGCCACCCGCUACCGGGGCACGUGGUACCUGACAGGCAUUGUCAGCUGGGGCCAGGGCUGCGCGGCCGUGGGCCACUUUGGGGUGUACACCAGGGUCUCCCAGUACAUCGAGUGGCUGCAAAAGCUCAUGCGCUCAGAGCCACGCCCAGGCGUCAUCCUGCGAGCCCCAUUUCCCUAGCCUAGCAGCCCUGCCCCCUGGAGAGAAAGCCAAGGCUGUGUGGAACUGUCCUGGCAUGAAAUCCCAUCGAUUCUUCCGCAGUUCAUGGGGUAGAGGAGGGCAUGGGAGGGAGGGAGAGGUGGGGAGGGAGACAGAGGCAGAAACAGAGAGACAGAGACAGAGAGAGACUGAGGGAGAGAUUCUGAGGACAUGGAGAGAGACUCAAAAGAGACUGCAAGAUUCAAAGAGACUAAUAGAGACACAGAGAAGGAAUAGAAAAGAUGAGAUACAGAGGCAGACAGCGCUGGACAGAGGAGCAGGGGAAUGCCACGGUUCUCCUGGAGGCAGACAGCCCAGCUCAGCCUCCUUAUCUCCCUUCAGCCAAGCCCACCUGCCCGUGAUCUGCUGGCCUCAGGCUGCUGUUCUGCCUUCAUUGCUGGAGACACUAGAGGCAUGUACACACAUGGAUGCAUACACACACACCAAUGCACACACACAGAUAUGCACAUAAACAGAUGCACACACAGAGGGUCACACAGAGAUAUGUAAACACACUGACGCACACACAUAUAGAGAUACGCACAUACACGGAUGCAUACACACAGAUAUGCGCACACAGAUGUGUGCACAGCACACCAAUGCACACACGGAUGCAGAGAGAUGCACACACCGAUGUGCACAUACACAGAUAUGCACACACACAGAUGCACACACACACACAGAUAUACACACACAAGGAUGAGUGCACACACACCAGUGUACACACACAGAUACGCACACACAUGGAUGCACACACACCAAUGCUGACUCCAUGUGUGCUGUCCUCUGAGAAGCACACACACCGAUGCUGACUGCAUGUGUGCUGUUCUCUGAAGGCAAUUGUUUAGCUCUCACUUUUCUCGUUCUUAUCCAUUAUCAUCUUCAUUUCAGACAAUUCAGAAGCAUCACCAUGCAUGUUGGCAAAUGCCCCAAACUCUCCCCCAAAUGUGCUUCUCCCUACGCUGGGUGCCGGGCUGCACAGGCCGUUCCCCACUGGCUUCCCAACUUCACAAUAAAUGGCUGCAUCUCCUCCGCACGCCUGUAGGGCCUGCCACCCACUGUGUAGCCUGUGAUUCAUUUUCAGAGCCCCCAGUGCUCAUGCUCUGAGAUGCUUUUUUCUUUCACAAUUUUCAGCAUCGCUGAAACGAACCCUCACAUGGCAGCAGUUUUUUGUGUUUUUUGUUGUUGUUGUUGUUGUUGUUGUUGU